GCCAUACUAUCAACUCUACCUCUCAUUUAUUGGUAUUUUACAAGAAAUUUCAAUUACUGGUCGUCGCGGGGCAUAACGGGUCCCAAACCUAUCGUAUGGUUUGGCAAUAUUUUGAGUCAAUUCAUUACUCCCCGACCACUGCUUGAAAUGCAAUGGUAUCGCAAAUACGGCAAACUAUAUGGACUAUAUGUGGGAAAUAAGCCGGUUCUUCGUGUGGGUGAUCCCGAGCUCAUCAAAACCAUAUUAGUAAAGGACUUCCAUAUGUUUCCGGAGCGACAGCCGGAGCAAAAACUGCACCCAAUUCUAGACAAAAAUCUGGUGGCCGUUAACGGCGACGACUGGAAACGGAUCCGAUCGCUGGCCAGCCCUACGUUCAGUUCGGGCAAAAUGAAGAAAAUGUAUCCAAUGAUCAAACAGUGUUUGGAGGAGUUUCUCAAUGAGUUGAACACUUACGCUACGGAGGGUCGGGAGGCGAACGUGAAAGACCUGUACGGCAACUAUACAAUGGAUGUGAUCGCCACGUGUGCCUUCGCCACCAAAACCAACGCCCAUAAGGACCCCAACAACCCGUUCAUAAAGAAUGCUCGGCUUAUCUUCGCGACAAAUGUGACCAAAAUAAUUGCCAUAUUAUUGCUCCCAAAACCCCUCUUAAGACGUCUUGGGAUUCAGUCCCAAAUGGAUGAGUCGGCCAAUGAGUUCUUCUUUAAUCUCACGCGACAUAUCAUUAAACAGCGAAAGAGUGGGAAUCAAAAGUACAAAGAUUUCAUUGAUCUGCUAUUGAAUGCCGAGAAAAAUAGUAAUAUUAUUGCCGAUGAAAACGAUGCCAACGAAUCGCAUCACGUGAACGAAGGUGAGGAAGAGCUGGAAAUACAAAAGUCAACACUAAAUGGCAUUAAGAAGUAUAUAACUGAAGACGAAAUACUGGCGAACGCGUGGAUCUUCUUUCAGAUAAUGAAUUGA